UUUCGUCAACUGUGCAUAUUGGACGUGACAAACCUAACAAAAACAGCCUUGCUCAACCCUCUGUAACUGUUGCCCUGUGCUAACUGAAGUAGCAACUCGCAAACCUUUCUUGGAGUUCUCUAGCUAGGUGCAAUAAUGGCAGGCACAUUUAAGAAGUUCUCUAAAGAGGACGUGAGCAAUCUGUCGCAAGUGAAGUCGUCCGUGGCGCGCGGCAUCCGCGCCGCCAUCUGCGAGACGUAUCCCUACCUCGAGGAGACCGACAUCAUUGAGACGCUGAUUCCUAAGAAGGAGUCGGUGUACACCGGGAAAUGCGGCCACGUGACGCUUUGUGUGAUGAACAACACGGUGCUGUUCUUCCAGGAGCGCGACGGGCCGUGGCUGCCCACGCUGCGCAUCCUGCACCAGUACCCGGAGAUGAUGAAGCGGCUGCGCACCGACAAGGGCGCCAUCAAGUUCGUGCUGUCGGGCGCCAACAUCAUGUGCCCCGGCCUCACGCACCCGGACGCGGUCAUUCACGACGAGGUGG